GAAACAACGGACUGAAACAACGAGAGAAGCAUUCGUUUUUUUUUUGUCGAAUUAUAAUCAAAACAAAGAAACCAUUUAUUUUUUAGUCGCCUCGGAGCUAACUAAAAUAACGUGGAUGCUUCACCAAGAAAGUGUGUUUAGAUUGGAACUUUAUAACUCCGUUUGGACUAUAGACUUUCGCAAUCAGCAAACAUGAGCAGCUUCGCUUUUCGAACGUAAACAUCCGCUGAGCAGCUCGUCCAUGUGUGAGCAGCUACUGCACUAUGCUAGCUAUGUUUAACUCGAGUUUUUCCUGUCCAAAACAGGUAAAUUAUCAUUCGCAGCUAGAGCUCAGUCAUAUUAGCAAUGGUAUUUGAAUACUUAGUGUUCACGUUAAUGUUUCUUCAAACGUGAAUGGGUUAGCAUGCUUGCUAGCUCGGCUACCAAAGCUGUUUGUUUGUGCCAGAUUGGUAACAACAGAAUGAACAAUUAUCUGCUUUUGUCGUUUCGGAGCUCAAAUAAGAAGACGAAUUAUAUAUAGUCGAAUUUAGUGAACUAAUGUGACACUACACACGAGCGUUUCCUUAUUAUGGGUCUUCUGGACUUUGUUUUCAGUUCAAUCGGGAAAUGCAUAGAUAUCAUUUGCCUUCUCCUGGAUUUAAAUUUCGUAAUUGUCAGCUCAUUAAUUCAGCUGUUGGUGGCAUUGAUCUCUUUUGUCAAUAGUCUACCCAUGCUACUCACAAAUUCUGUGUUGGAGUGCUGGAAUCUCACUCUGCUUUUCAUCAUCACAAUGAGGGACGGCGUGACUGUUGUGACCCAUAACUUGGUUGGAGGCUGGAUGCAGUUGCUUGGAGGUGCUCUGGAGAGCUUCAAAAUGAUUGGAUACCUGUCUUCACACUUACUAUUGCGCACCAAAGAGCUUCUGCACAGAGGACUGCUAUCGGGACAUGGUUUGCUACGACAGGCCUGGGAGGGUUGUGGUAUUGUCUUCAGCCUGUUGCUGUAUUUCAUCAACACAAUCAUCAACCUGCUGCUCAUAGGCACACAAAACUUAUAUGCUUUAUUGGUCAGCACAGUGGAAGCGGUGUCCUGCCCUUUGCAGAAAGCUGUAGAGCUGACCCUGACUGUACUUACCUUCCUUUACAGCAGCCUUGUAGGCACCUCAAUACUUCUGUGGACACCAUGCAGGCUGGCCAUGGAGUUUUUGGGUUCUGUGUGCCACAUCUUUGUCAGUGUUUUCCUGCGAAACUUGUAUGGGCUGCUGCUCACCUUUGUGAUCAUUGUGGGUACCACUAUCUACCUAAACCCUGCGUUCCCUCGACAAGCAGCUUUGCACAUAGCCAACUACAUCAACACCGUGCCCAUCCUGCGGCGACUCCGGAGGACUCUGCACCACCUCUACAUGCUUGAGAGGAAUGUGUGGCGACGGCUGGCCUGGCAUCGCAGCCGAAUAGGCCUCUGGGUGGUUCCUGCGAGGAGAGAGGCCGGCAUGGUGGUGGACAGGGAGGUGAGAGAGCCAGACCAGAGAGCGCCUCAAGACGGCAUGGCUAGAGAAGACCAGGUGGUGGAGGAUGCACCUCUAGACCUGGCACUCCCUGGCUCCAGCACACAUAGGCUGCUACAGAAGUUUCCUUCUGAGGACGGUUGCAAAGCCCUGCCUACAAACAACCUAUUAACACUAUUACAAGAGCAAGAAGAGAGAAAGAAGUGCGUAAUCUGUCAGGACAGCACUAAGACUGUAGUGCUUCUGCCUUGCCGCCAUUUGUGCUUGUGUAGAGACUGCACAAACAUUCUGCUGAGCCAACCCAUCUACCAACACAACUGCCCUCUGUGUCGCCACAUGAUCCUGCAGACCAUGGACGUGUAUCUUUGAAAUUAAGUUUACUGAUCUGUUUUUGUCAUCCUCAGGUUUUUUGAGCAGCACUGUUCUUCUCUUGGGGAAACCACACAUUCCCUUUUCAUCUUUUAUGUCCAUUCCACUAAUGCCUUUUCAUCACUGUUGCUAGUAAAUAGUUUUGAAUCACAUCUUUUUCUACAUUUCAAAAAGAAUGGUGGUGGUUAGGCUGACAACUGUGACAGUGCUUUUUUAUUUUAUAUAUUCAUUGUCAUUUAUUUCCAUCAGCUUUUGUAGCAGCAACACUAUUUUUUGUCAUACAGCAAUAGUACAUGAAUUUAAGAUUUGUAUUUUAAAAAGAGACAUUAAAAAUUGGGUGUUGAUUGUGAAGAUGGAUGUUUUGCUAUAUUUUGGUCUUGGAUGUUGAGCACACUUUUGGGGAACAUUUGUAUUCUACAAUACUAAAUCUGGGCCUUAUAAUAUGAAUUGUUGUCUACUUAAAGGAAUGUUUGGUGUUCAAAACAGGUUAAGAUCAAUAUUGUUUAGCACAAAAGAUAAAAAUAUUUUGGCUUGUCCCUUGUUUAUUAAAAUAAAUAAGGAAAAAGCACAAAUUGUGGUUAUAUUAAGGCACUUACAAAGGUUAACAUAGUUUAAGUGUAAUAAAAUCACUUCUUAAUCUUAUCUGUGUAAAGUUUUAUCCAAUAUUCCAACUUUGUUUAUAAUCUGUUACGUAAUCUGGUAAAUGCCUGAAAAUCCCUUUUUUAUCACACAAAAAACAUGUUAACACAGUAUUUAUGUCUUGUGGCUAUCAUUUUAAAACGGUGUGUUUUUAAUUUUCUUAUGCUCUGGCCCUAGUCACUUCCAUUGUACACUCACUGAGCACUUUAUUAAGAACACCUGUACACCUACUUAUUCAUGCCAAUUGUGUGGCAGCAGUAAAAUCAUGCUGAUACGGGUCAGGAGCUUCAGUUCAUGUUCACAUCAACCAUAAGAAUGGGGGAAAAUGGGAUGUCGACCAUGGCAUGAUUGUUGGUGUCAGUCAGGCUGGUUUGAGUAUUUCUGUAACUGCUGAUCACCUGGAAUUUUCACGCACAACAGUUUCUAGAGUUUACUCAGAAUGGUGCCAAAAACAUCCAUUGAGCAGCAGUUCUGCAGAUGGAAAUGCUUUGUUGAUGAGACAGUUCAACAGAGAUUGGCCAGACUGUUCGAGCUGAAAGAAAGGCUACAGUAACUCAGAUAACCCCGCUGUACAAUUGUAGUGAGCAGAAUAGCAUCUCAGAAUGCACAACAUGUUGAACCUUUAGUUUAGUACUGUAGUGUUUCUAAUAAAGUGUUCCACAUGUUUGCUUUUUUAAAUUUUAAUAAGGACGAGUUGAAAUAGUGGAGUGGUGGUGGCAUAGUGGGCUAAAGUGCAUAACUGUUAAUCAGAAGGUCGCUGGUUCGAUCUCCACAGCCACCACCAUUGUGUCCUUGAGCAAGGCACUUAACUCCAGGUUGCUCCGGGGGGAUUGUCCCUGUAUUAAGUGCACUGUAAGUCGCUUUGGAUAAAAGCGUCUGCCAAAUGCAGAAAUGUAAAUGUGAAAUGAAAUGUAAAUAUUUCUGUUGUACUCAACAUUGUCACAAAUUAUGUCAAUUGAAAUUAACUUGUAUAGAACAUGCAACAUUCCUUUAAAUCUUGCCUGACUGUACAAAGGGAUCAAAGGUUUAAUGGGAACAUUUACAAUGUCAUAUUGAUUUGUUGUUAGUGUUGAAGAAAUCGUGUUUUGCUUUGCUUGCCUUGUAAUCAUUCCACCAAAGCUGUUUUGCACACUAUUCAAGUACAUAUAGGCAUCUAACUACUGUAUUUUCAGAAGCCAUUCUACAAUCAGGUGAAGUAUUAGCUAUUCAUACUUUUUUUGUCAUUUAUUAUUGAACAGUGUUAAUGUUGUUUUUAAAUGCUCUCUCACUGCUGAAAUGGUAUUGAUCAGUGCAUUUCAAAAUCGAAAUUUUGUGCAUAUUUUUUGUUUCAAGAGACGGUAAUUCAAUUCUGUUGUUGACUGAUCCCCACAUGAGUGCUGUUUUGUAAACAUCUGAGUGGCAAAAAGGCUUUUAGCUUUGUUCAGUUUAUGUUGCUAGAGCUCACUAUUUUGGGAAAACAUCUGGUUUAUAGCUGUACAUUAGAGACACAAAGUAUAAUACUGGUUUAUCUUAUUCAGUCUUCUAUGAUAAUCUGUUUCAUGGUUAUCCCAUAACUUUAAAUCAAAUUGCAUUCAAACAGGCACAAAGUGUAAGACAAUCAUGUAAAUAUAAGAGGACAGAUACAUUUGCAAGCUCCAUGCUGGUAUGCUCUUUCUCACUCUGUUAACCUUUAUUUAGUUGCCUUUUUUCCAAGAUUGGAUACAGUUCCAAAUUAUUUCUCCAUCACCCUCAGUUUGGGAUUUGGUUAACUUGUUAAAGAAGAUGAGCCUUAACCCAUGGUUUAUUAUUCUGUUUUUGAAAAUUGUUUUCAAGUAAUCUGUAAUUUCAUUUAACAUUUGAAUCCCCAAGCCUUUUUUGUAUUCUUCUACCACAGAUGUGUAUUUUAUACAAAUGUCUUUAUUCUAAUGUUUGUGGGUAGAGCAGAUGUCUGUAUCUCUGUUGAGGCCUGGAUAAUGUCAAAGCCACAUUCAAUGAGCAUUUAGAUGAAAAAUAAACAGUAUUUGACUGUGUGACUGUAAUUGCCUUGUCACAAUACUAUGUGUAGAAUUUUCCUUGCUGUACUGUUGUACAUUUCUCAACAGACAGUGUCUUUGAUUAUGAUAAAUUGCUUCUCCCACUUGUAAGAUCCUCUACGCUGACAUCAGCAGGAAAGCAGAGACUUCAAGCUGCUGAGCAUGGGUGACCUUGUGAACUGGAGAGUGUAAUGGAGGCCAUUUCCUCCAGUUGUUUAGUCAUGACUUUCCCAAAGCCCAAUCUAGUGUCAUUCCAAUAGAAUCAGUCAAUUGAAACUAGUAUCUGCCUUGGUGUACAGUAUAUGUCAAUUACUAGUAGUUAUUUGUCUUCACGGCCAGCCUUCAGUGGAUCAACAUGAUAUUUGUUGUGUGAAAUCCAAAUGUUAGUAUAAAAGGAGAUGCAUUCAGCACUGGACAGCUCCACAUUUCAAAAAUUUUG